AUGGAAGCCAUCAUUGCUUGGCAGGCAGGCGAGAAUGAUGUGGGUCAAGCGUCGGCGUGCAAACAGCCGCAAACACCGACAACAGCGACACUACCGACGUCACACAGCGGAAUUAUGCAAGCUGCACUGGUGCCUUUCCACGAGGCCUACACCUCAGGCCUCGCCCAACCUGUUGCCAGCUUUCUGAGCCCAUUUGCGCCAGCUCAUGAUCCAGGCCGGCUAUAUGACUUCUAUCGAGCGUCAAACGACGACAAGAUUGAAGGCGACAUUAGAUAUGCGCUCAAAUCAAACAAAAACAACACGCGCAUGUCCAACAAGGAAGCCGGGGCCUGGGUCGAGAUCAUCGCAUGCUAUUGGCGCGCAGUCAGGGAGAUUAUAAAGGCCGACGAAGCUGCCAACCAAGGACGGCUCGCAGAUCGUCAAUACGUUACAGUGUAUGACACUUGGAAAGACUUGACCAGUAGUUUUAUCAAACACAUUUCUGCCGGACAACUGCCACCAUGGGCUAUCUUCACACUAUAUUUCACGGCAAAUCACCUUAGGAAGAUUGCGAUCAAAGCAGACGAGUUCUUGGCCAAGUCGAAGCCAGUGACAUUCAACACUGGCUACUCGGACGAUAUCGUGAGUUCAGUGGCACAAAACCAGAAGCUGGAGGAAGCAGCACGAGUCUUCAACCGCAUUUUUGCUCUAUGUCUUGGUGACAGGAACCCAGACAUGUCCGUGUCUCGAAAGUGGGGAGUUUAUUGCAUUGCCAAUCUGCAGUUCAAGACAUACUUCAAGUUAAAAGCCAUCAGUCUGUCAAAAAAUGUCGUCCGAUCCAUACAAGCACAAGCCGACCUCCCUCCCUUCGACCUCUACCCACGAGCACACAGAGUGACGUACAAAUACUACACUGGGGUAUUGGCGUUUUUGCAGGAAGACUAUGCAAAAGCCGAGGAGAGCUUACAGGAGGCCUGGGAGUCCUGCUGGUCGCGAUCACAGCAAAACAAGUCCCUGAUCCUGACCUAUUUGAUUCCGUGUCGCCUCAUCACACAACACCAAGUUCCUACCGCUCGACUUCUUGCCGAAGCUCCUCGCCUCGAACGCAUAUUCGGACCACUCGUAGCAUGCAUCAAGCGGGGAGAUCUUACAGGUUUCGACAAAGCGCUCGCCGAAGGCGAGCCAGAGUUUGUAAAACGGCGUAUUUUUCUCACAUUAGAACGAAGUCGAGACAUCGCUCUGCGAAAUCUAUUGAGGAAAGUCUACCUUGCAGGUGGCUACGACGAUCUCAAAGAGGGACAAACAGAAAAGGACAGGAUACGCAAGUCAAGGAUACCGCUCGCGAACUUCGCCGCUGCGCUUAGAAUGGGUAUUGCAGGUAAAGGCAGCGGCCAAGCCGUGGAGGACGAUGAAGUGGAAUGUUUACUGGCCAACCAGAUCUACAAGGGGUCUGAUUGUCCGAUACCUGAAAUCAUCAUCCUUUUGGCCGUCAUGAUACCCAACGCAGUACACCCACAUCAUACUACUGGGUGGCCGCAUCUCAUGAAGGAGGCUGUUAUUCCCAGCGCAAAACGCAUCAGCAGCCCACCAAAUACCAAGCUCUAA